AUGAUUUGGAAAGAAUCAAGACGGCAAUCCUUGAAAUAUCCUGAGUUGGAUCCACCAUUUGGUUUAACGGAACAAAAAUAUAUUUGGUUAACUUUGUUGGCAAAAAAAUGUCAAUAUUGUGAUGGAUUAUACGAAAGAUUUUAUUACGAAAUUUGGCCAUCAAUGAUUAUUUGUUGCGGAAGUUGUUUUAGUGAAAAAACUAUACAAUUAUCGCUACGUAAUCCACCAUCAUCAAUUCCAAAAAUAGUGUUUUCACUCAUUCCCUCAACGAAAUGUUAUAACCCAUCAGUUUUCUAUCAAAAAUUUUAUUGGAAAUCUGAUAUAAAGAAUAUAAUGGAGAAACUGAAUAGUUUUGAUAACAACAAUAAUGAUGAUAAUGAAGAAAUGAAAAAUUCAUGGAUAGCAGAAAAAGAAAUCGAAGUUAGAAAUAUCUUACAAAGCAUGAAACCUUACCAAAAGCAAGAAUUUCAACAAUUAAGAAUAGAUUUGAUAGAAUAA